AUGUCGACUCGCAAGAGUAUUGUCGAUAUCAAGGAAGGUACUCCUCCGACUCCAGCUCCGAUGCCGCUACCUUCACCUUCGCGGGCCAAUGGGUUUGAGUGUGUUGGACUGGUGAAAAGAACCUUAGACAUGGAUCCUGGAUAUGAGGAUCCUCGUGAGCACGAUGACAGUGAGAGCACGAUCUCAUCGACACCUUCCCGUUGUCGACUCUCAUGGCUCGGCGAUCGCUCUUAUGUCAUAUUUGGUAGCUUUGAGUCGCUAUUUCCGGCAGACGUGAAAGAGGUGGAAAAUUCCCGUUUGUACCAUAAAUUGGUACGUUUCAUUCUAGGAGGUAGACUGUAUCUUGCACCCGCGAUGUUGGCGGACGGGGCCGGCAGAGUACUCGACGUGGACAUGGGAACCAGGGAAUGGGCUUUGGCUAUGGGGAAUACAUUCCCCAAUGUCCUGGUAGAAGGAAUAGAUCUCAGCGACCAGAUGCCAAUCUGGACGAGCCCGCUGUUUCCUUCGCAGUCGCAGAUGCCGAAGCGAACUGGUCGUGGCAUGAAGACCACGAAUUCAAUCUCAUGCGCCAACUAUCCGGUUGCAUCUAGGACUGGGACCGACUCAUUGCACAAUGCUCACAAGAUAUGCAUUGAAGACAACGAGAAGUUGUUGCAGUACACAUAG